AGAAGAGUGCUCCUUUUCAUUUUCCCCUUGUUUUCCUCAACAACUUUAAUCUGGUAUUGUCUCUCGAGCGCAUGGGACGAACAAAGACUAUUUCUCUGGAACUCCUUUUGCCGGUCUCUUUCCGGUCUCCGGCAGAAGCGGCAGUUGGGCACAAUCGGGCGAAACUCCCCCACCGCCCAUUUCUCUCUCUCUAUAACAGCGGCCGUUGUAAAAGGUCGUAGUUUUCUCGCCAUUUCUCGACUAUUCGGCGAGACAAUUUUGAGGCGCUGGUAGAAAAUUUCGCAACUUUCGAGGAGAAAUUUGAAAAUUGAGGCAAGAAUCUUCUCUCGACAGCUGGACAUGUUACACGGCUACUUUUUAUCCCCCCUACUUGGAAUCGCUGUACAGUUAUAAACCAAGUCACAGAAGUUCUGCGAACCUGCGAAGAUGAUAGGAACUGUAAACAUCAAGAAAAUCGAUUCGUUAACAAGCGAAUAACGGGGAAGUAGGAGCAAGGGAGAAGAAGAGGCCAGAGGGAGUAAGGGAAAGGGAGGCCCUUCUAGUUGGUAAUUGCAUAUCACACCGAGCGCGGAGGUCUCUCUAAUGGCGACUGCGGCAGCAUCACUCCCUCUCUCUGUUGUUUACUCCAGCCGGCCCUCCUCAAAAGUUAAAAGAAAGAAACAACGGCCUAUCUCCGGAAACUUCAGUCAGUUGGCUCAGGUAGUUCGUACGGACUUGGAGUUCUUGAGGAAGGGUAUCAACAAGGGGAUCAGUUGGGUCAGUGAGUCGCCUCGCCUUCAACAAAUCUCGAAGACCUUCGACGACCUUCUUUGGCUUCGCAGCCUCGAGGAUCACCAGGCUUCCCCCGCCCCGCGGCCGUCCUGGCCUGAGCCUUCCUACCCAGGACUAUCAGGCAUGGAUUUAUUUAUGGCUGAUUUAAAAGCUUUGGAGGCUUAUGCAAGUUACUUUUACCAUUUGUCCAAGAUUUGGUCUAGGCCACUUCCUGAAAUCUACAAUCCACAGGAAGUUUCUGAGUAUUUCAGUUGCAGACCUCAUUUGGUGGCCCUUCGUCUAAUUGAGGUUUUUUCCUCCUUUGCUUUUGCUGCAAUCAAAUUGCGAACAUUGGGGAUUGUCAAGUUUGAUAGAUCAGGUGUGGACGAAGGUGGUGUUGGGAACAAUUCAGAAUACUAUUUUGGGUCAGUGCUGAAAGAAACAAUGCUGAACCUGGGUCCAACUUUUGUGAAAGUCGGUCAGUCACUUUCUACAAGGCCGGAUAUACUCGGGUUAGAGUUUUCCAAGGCACUAUCUGAGUUGCAUGAUCAAAUCCCCCCUUUUCCCAGGAAUGUGGCCAUGCAGAUCAUUGAGGAAGAAUUAGGCUCUCCUAUAGAGACAUUCUUCAGCUAUAUCUCUGAGGAACCUGUUGCUGCUGCUUCAUUUGGUCAGGUGUACCGUGCGAUUACGCUUGAUGGGUCAAAUGUUGCUGUAAAAGUUCAGCGUCCUAACUUGCUCCAUGUGGUUGUGCGAGAUAUCUAUAUUCUUCGGCUUGGGCUGGGUCUAUUGCAAAAGGUGGCAAAAAGAAAAAGUGAUCCUCGGUUCUAUGCUGAUGAGCUUGGAAGAGGCUUGGUUGGGGAGUUGAAUUACACUAUCGAGGCUGCAAAUGCUUAUGAGUUCAUGGAAGCUCAUUCCUCCUUCCCAUGUAUUUUUGUUCCAAAAGUGUUUAGACAUUUAACACAAAAGAGAGUUUUGACCAUGGAGUGGGUGGUUGGUGAAAACCCAAAUGAUUUGGUUUAUGCAUCUACUGGAAGCUCAAUGGAUCAUGAUGGAUCCUGGUAUUCAGAGAGGCAGCAGCUUGAGGCUAAAAAACAUCUUCUUGAUCUGGUUGAAAAAGGAGUGGAAGCAACACUUAUUCAGCUCCUUGAAACAGGGUUAUUGCAUGCCGAUCCACAUCCCGGCAACUUGCGUUACAUGAGCGGGGGACAAAUUGGGUUUCUGGAUUUUGGUUUGCUUUGUCGGAUGGAAAAAAAGCAUCAGUUUGCCAUGCUCGCAUCCAUAGUUCAUAUAGUAAAUGGGGACUGGGCUGCCCUUGUCAAUGCUCUGACUGAAAUGGAUAUUGUGAAACCAGGGACUAAUGUACGACGUGUAACCAUGGAUUUGGAAGAUUCUUUGGGAGAGGUAGAACUUCGAGAUGGAAUUCCUGAUAUCAAGUUCAGUCGGGUUCUCGCUAAAAUCUGGUCUGUAGCACUCAAAUACCAUUUCCGCAUGCCACCAUACUAUGUGCUGCUCUUACGUUCUCUGGCAUCCUUUGAAGGAUUGGCUUUAGCUGCUGACAAAGGUUUCAAGACGUUUGAAUCUGCAUAUCCUUAUGUUGUGCAAAAACUUUUGACUGAUAAUUCGGCUGCCAUGAGGGGAAUUUUACAUUCGGUCAUUUUCAACAAAAGGAAGGAAUUCCAGUGGCAGAAGCUUGCUCUUUUCUUGAGGGUAGGCACAACUAGGAAAGGGUUGCGCCAGUUUACAGUGCCUUCUAAUGAUAUGUCUUUGGAGUACACUCCUGAUGGGCGCAUAGUUGAUGUUGCAAACCUAGUUUUAAGGCUUUUAGCAUCUAAGGAUGGUGCUGUUCUGAGGAGACUCUUGAUGACUGCGGAUGGAGCUUCAUUAGUCAGAGCAAUGGUUUCAAAGGAGGCAAUUUUAUUCCGCCAACAAAUUACUCGGGCUCUAGCUGAUGUGAACUAUCAUUGUCUGAUUAAGGUUCUUGGAUGGAGUUAUACAGGAGGCCGAUACAAUUCUGGCACUAGAUAUGCAAGUGGACCUUACAGCAAAGAGGUUGGUCCAUCCCCUGUACUACCCAGGACAACAUAUGACUAUGAAUCUAUUCUGAGGGAUCGGCGGCUGAAAGUGAUCCUUUACAAGAUACUAGUUUCUGUAAGGAAGCAUCCUGUAUUGAUGCUCAGAUUAUGCUGGAGUUCCUUGGUGAUGUUUGUAUCAGCAUCUGCCUUGGCUUGCCAUAGAAUUUUCGUUUGCUGGUCAGAAACUCACUUGGGAUCUAUGUCAUUUGCCCCAAAACGGUUCGCCAUCAGCGGGUGAUUUACUUUUUUUUUUUUUUUUGUUUUUUUUUUUUUUGGUAGGCUUGGAGAGCCUGCUUUGAAAUGGCCUUGUGUAUAUGUAAGAUCUUCAUGGGGUUCAAUUGUUGUCCUUCUGUAUAUAAUAUUUUCACUAAAAUUAAGCUAGGCUAAUGCGAGUCUUAAAGUGAAGGAAUCGUCCGGCAAAGGGUCUAUGGCCCUUUUUCACCUUUGGCUGUGGUUAGAGACUGUAUAUGUGACCAAUCCAAAACUCUACAGUAUCUGUCUGAAUUUAGACCAUCUGCCCACCAUGAGAAGAGACUACUAUGCAUGUUAUAAUAUGUUACCUUGAAUUUA